AUGGCAAUCAGCUGUUCUUUCUCCGGUACGGCAUGUCAGAAUAAUACGUCUUCCUCCUCCCAUCCAAAGUUGCUCACUGCGGCCAUCAGCCAGUGCGGCAAGAGUAUCCAAUGGAGGAAAGCACUCGUACUACUGUUUCAGCAGCAAGAGGUCAACGUUAUAACUUACGGCUCUGCCAUCAAUGCUUGUGCGAAAGCCGCCGAGUGGCGGUGGUCUUUGUGCUUGCUGGAGGACUUGACGGACAGGCUGGCACACGUCAACGAGGUCACUUGCAAUUCGGCAAUCGCUGCUUGUGCACAAGCAAAUGAAUUGCAACGCCUGCAAUGUUUGUUCAACGAAUAUGAGGCAAGAGGGCUGCGACGAAAUGUGAUUACGUAUACCUCCGUCAUCGGUGCAUACAAAACUGGGGGAGAUUGGCAGCUUGCGCUGAUGUUGCUGCAUGACAUGGAACGGCAGUUUGUCCGAGCGAAUAUCGUCGCAUACAAUGCAGCCAUCGGCACCACUGAGCCAGGAGGUAAUUGGCUAGUUUCUUUGCUCGUGCUAAAUGAAGUUGACGCGUGCCAAGUUCAAGUAUCUGCCAUAACCCUUACGGCGGGGAUCAGUGCUUGCAGGGGGGAUGGAAAGUGGCACCUAGCACUGACAUUACUUUCCGACCUUCGAUAUCGAAACCUGCAAGCUUCAACCAUUGCAUACAACGCUGCCAUCAGCACAUGGGCACAUGGUGCCAACUGGCGGGAGGCUGUGUGGCUACUGCAGGGCCUGCCCAUCCAGCACGUCCGUGCCGAUGUCAUCACCUUCAACGCCGUUGCCAGUGUCCUGUCAUCUGGCCAUCAAUGGAAACGAGCGGAGCAGCUACUGGUGGAGCCCUCGUUGCAACUGGCCGGAGCAAACCUUAUCACACUCAACACUAUCCUCAGUGCUUACGAAACUGCAGGGGUCUGGGCACGGGCUCAGCGUCUUCUUCAGGAUUUGGAUGCAAGGAAGCUGCAAGCAAGUACCGUCCCCUAUAACACGGCAAUUAACGUUUGUGCUUGGGACAGAGACUGGAAGCAGGCGAUGCUCUUGCUGCAGCAGGUUGCCGUGGUACGGCUUCAGCCGGAUAUGAUCUCCGCUACCUCCGCCGUCAGCGCCUGUGAACAGGCCGAGGCUUGGACAAAAGCCGUGGAACUUCUCGUUCACCUUCACGAGGAGCGUCUCGAAGCCAGUAUGGUUGCCUACGCCGCUGCUAUGAGUGCCUGUCAGCGUGCAGGCCAUACGGUGCAGGUCAAACAGCUUUUCAAGGAGAUGCGGCAGCAAGCCGUGCCGGCUAACGUUAAAGCUUACAAUGCCGCUAUCAGCUCUUACGGCCGCGGAGGCCACUGGCGGAUGGCUCUGGCGCUGCUGGAGGAAAUCUCGGAACGGGCCCUUCAGCCUACGGCUGAAACUUACAAUGGAAUUUUGAGCAUCCUGGCGAAGAGCCGUGAGUGGUCGAAGGCAAAGGAGCUGCUCGGAGAGCUCCCUGCUCGUCGAGUGGAAAGGGGCCUUGUCGCCUACAAUACAGCAAUCAGCGCUUGCGAGAAGGGCGGCGAGUGGCAAGAGGCAUGCCAACUUCUGCAGGAGUUGUGCGAUGAACUUCAGCCGGAUGUCAUAUCCUACAAUGCAGCCAUUGGCGCUUGUGAGCGUCGCGGAGCAUGGCAGCCGGCCCAAGUCUUGCUGCAGGAGCUUGGCACGCAAGACAUGGAGCCAAGUAUGAUUAGCAUUUCCUCCGCCAUCAGCACCUGUCAAAGGACAGGCAUGUGGCCACAGGCGCGGCUCCUACUGCAGGAGGCUCAGGAGAAGCGAAUGGAGGCUAACGUUGUCGUGCUUACCUCAGUCAUUAGUGCUUGCGCGACUGCUGGCGCGGGAAUGCAGGCCUUCCGAUUGGUUCAGGAGCAGCCACGCAUGGUCAACGUCCUAGCUUAUCACUUCGUGGUCGCGGCUCUGGAGAUGUGCUCAUCAGGUUCCGCUCCGAUGCUUUCCUGCUUGGAGGAGGUGAAUCGUUUAGGGAGAGUGGAGCUCACCAAGCUGAGACCGAAAAAGGCUUUGCCGUCCAUGUCAAUUUUGUAA